UCUGUCUCUCUCUUGCUAUAUAUAUAAAUAUGCUCACAUUUGUUGCAAGCCCAUUUCUUUCUUCUCUGUAACAUCUCUCUUUAUCUCUCCUUCUCUGAUACAUAAUAUCUUAAUAUCAUUAUAAAUAUAUCUAAUUGAAUCAUUCAUAGUAAUUACAGAGAGACAAAGAGAGGGAGAGAGCAGAAAAAGAGGGCCUUUCUCGCCCUCUCUUCUUGUUAUGCCUCCUCUCAGAUCUUAGAUUCUCUCAGUUUUUCUUUUCUUUGGCAAAAUUUCCAUUAAAAAAGCUUCACUUUUCGAUUUUCUGUUACAUAACUUCUGGGUUUUGGAUCCUGUAAUCAUUCCUUGGUCAAUUUUGAUCUUCUUCUCGUUGUUCCUUAAGGAAUCCUGGAUCGCGUUGAUCCAUAUUUGAUCGUUUAAAGGUCUUUUAUGCUUUUGGAUUGAAUCCAAGAUUACCCAUUUCGUAAAUACCUGUAAAUAUCCAAGCUUUGUUGUAUUUCUUUUGACGAGAAAUGGAAAUGGAGCUUGGAAAGCUAUUUAUUGGUGGGAUUUCUUGGGACACAAAUGAAGACCGUCUUAGGCAGUAUUUCCAGGCAUUUGGCGAAGUCUUGGAGGCUGUGAUAAUGAAGGAUCGGGCAACUGGUCGUGCCCGUGGCUUUGGUUUUGUUGUUUUUGCAGACCCGUCUGUUGCUGAAAGAGUUGUGAUGGAAAAACAUCUCAUAGACGGUAGAAAUGUUGAAGCAAAGAAGGCAGUUCCUAGGGAGGAACAAAACAUUCUGAAUAGAAACGGCAGCAGCAGCAUACAUUGUUCACCUGGUCUAGCUCGUACAAAGAAGAUAUUUGUAGGAGGUUUAGCAUCUACUGUCACAGAGACAGACUUUAAGAAGUACUUUGAGCAGUAUGGGAUAAUUACAGAUGUUGUGGUUAUGUAUGACCACAACACUCAAAGGCCAAGAGGUUUUGGUUUUAUUACUUAUGAUUCAGAGGAAACAGUCGAUAAAGUGUUGCACAAAACCUUUCAUGAACUCAAUGGUAAAAUGGUUGAGGUCAAACGGGCUGUCCCCAAAGAAUUAUCACCAGGACCAACUCGGAGCCAGUUAAGUGGGUAUAAUUUUGGUGCAAGUAGAGUUGGUAGCUUCCUGAAUGGUUACACUCAGACUCAGGGAUACAAUCCAAGUUCUACUGGAGGACUUGGUGUUAGAAUGGAUGGUAGGUUUAGUCCUGUUACUGCUGGUCGGAAUAACUUUUCUCCAUUUGGUCCUGGUUUUGGGAUGGGGCUGCAUUUUGACCAGAGGUUGACUCCUAGUUAUGGGGGAAAUUCCAACCUAAGUUCUAACCUUGGCUAUGGGAGAUUGAGUCCUUCAUAUAGUGGAAUUUCAGGAAGGUUUGAUAGCCCUAUUGGAUACAACGGAGUCAAUGGUGGAAAUAGUUCUGCCUUAAAUUCAACAGCUCGAACUUUGUGGAGCAAUGGAAGUAUUAAUCAUGCUUCAAACUCCACAAAGUCUAGUACUUUUAUGGGCACUGGAACUGGGAAUUCAAGAAUCGGUUCUUUUGGCAGUGUUGGAGGACUCUGGGAUUCCUCAGCUAAUUCGGGACAAGGUGGCAGUGCUGGCUCUGCCUAUAGCAGUGGCAAUCUUAGCUACAAUAGUGGAGAUUUCAGUGUUGGUCUUGGAGGGGUAGGAUAUGGAAGAAAUAGUGGGGCAAGUAUUGUGCCAUUUUCAUCUCAUGCUGCAUCACAAGAUGAUUAUGGUGGGCCUUAUGCAGACAUUUAUGAUAAUGGCCCCUUGUACAGGGAUUCUGCAUGGCCAUCUUUUCCUUUAGAGCUAGAGGGUUCUGGCUCAUUUGAUUUUGGGCUUGGAAAUGCAGCUACAGAUGCUGUGACUAAAAACUCUGCUGGUUAUGGUGGUGGUUAUAGUGUUACCAAUAGACAAGCAAAUAGAGGCAUUGCUGCUUAGGAUGAUUAUGAUGUGAAUGUCAAGAGGUUAUUGUAGGUGAAGUAUAUCUGAUUGAGUGAAUUUUGUACACUUUCAUUGCCCAGGUGUUUAUAUGAGAACUUGAUUAGAGCUAAUCGGUUUGCUGUUUUGAUGAAUUUACAGUAGAGUGCGGUCACAAGGAAUUCUGUGUAAGGUUUGAGCUUUGAGGUUUUUAUGGUAUAGGUUUUUCUUUAUUGGAAUUUGAUUAAGAUGUAAAAUCAGAUUGCUGGGUAUACGCAGAAUUACUGUAUCAUGCAUCUUUGGUGACACAGUGAUACACAAAAGAAUGAACUUUUUUUUUUUUUUUUUUUUAUAAUUUCCUCCCACUAUAUGGGUUUUUUUUUCUUCUUUUCUGUGAUAUCCAGCGAAUUGCUGGUUCUUGUCAAGCAUGUUGUUUUUGCUAUAAUUUCCUUUGUUAGUUUUUUCUUUUCAGUAGAUUGUAAAAGAUGUUUGUUUGAUUUACUAGUGUUAAAACUCUUGAGGGAUUAUCAUCCAGUCUCCAUAAGAAUAACCAAAUAACAAGCUGUUAUAUAAUGAUUCAUGUUCAUUGGCCA